AUGUCUAAUCUUGAAAAAGCGACGUUCGCUGCUGGAUGUUUUUGGGGCGUUGAACAUAUUUUUAAGAAACAUUUUGAUAAUAUUAAUACUCGUGUUGGAUAUAUUGGUGGUGCAACUGCAAAUCCAAGAUAUAGAGAAGUAUGUAGUGGAAAUUCAGGACAUGCAGAAGCAUGUCAAAUCGAAUUUGAUCCUACGAAAACAUCAUACGAGACUCUCGUGGAAUUUUUUUAUAAAACUCAUGAUCCAACUACCGCAAAUAGACAAGGUCCUGAUGUUGGAACUCAAUAUCGUAGUGCGAUAUUUUAUCAUUCAUCAGAACAAAAAGAAAUAGCGGAAAAGGUUACUGAACAAAUACAAGAAAAACUUAAUAAUGAAAAAAAUUUGUAUAGUGGAAAUAAAAUUGUUACUGAAAUUGUUGAAGCAGCUGAUUGGUAUGAUGCUGAAGAUUAUCAUCAAAAAUAUUUGGAAAAAAAUCCAUCUGGUUACGAGUGUCCCACUCAUUUCGUUAGAUGGUAA